CCUAUAAUUGACUUUUUGACGCGUGCCGCAACCAAUUAAAGUCCGCAUCACGUGGAAGACUUUUAGCCAAAAUAUUGCAGAUUGCCUGAGAUUGGCAGACGAGCUACAACCUCAACGACCACUGCGACCAGUACCUCACUUGCCAUUUUACUAAACAUCGUACGAAUACAAAGCUUGGGGAGCCUCUCAGCUGUAUUCAGAAGAUUGCUAUCUUCUCAUCGUACAGAGUCUUUUCAGUUGCCUGCAGCUACUUAGGUCUCCAAGCUUACGCUGCAUCCACUUGCUCUGCUUACAUUCAUUGGCUUUUGAGGUGAAAACAUGGCAGGAGAGGCCCCUCCUAUACCUGGUCGCUCGCUGAUUGGCAAAGAGCUAGAGGACAGGAGGAGAGAGCUCGCUGAUCUCCUUUCAUGUGGCAAGGCCUUCCCCGGUGCUCAGCCGGUGUCGUUCUCCCAAGCCCACCUCAAGACUCUGGUUGACAAGGACUAUUUCGUAUGUGAAAAGUCAGAUGGCAUUCGCUUACUUAUGUACUGUACGACCACAGACGAAGGCCGCGAGCAAGUACUCUUACUCGACAGAAAGCUCUGCUUCUAUGCUGUCCCAAGGUUGCACUUCCCACUACCGAAUGACGCGUCGUGCAAGCAAUUUCACACUCAGACUGUAGUCGACGGCGAGCUUGUCAUUGACACAGUCAAUGGGGAAAAGAAGUUAGUGUACCUCAUGUUUGAUAUGCUCAUGUAUCGUGGAAAAGACUUACGCAAGCGCACCCUUGAGGGUAGACUGGGCUAUCUCAAGGAACAGUUUCUACGGCCGGUUACCAAGUUCAUCAAAGCGAAUGCAUCGCUUUUGACUGGAUCUCGUGCUGCGCCAUUCUCUGUGGACUUCAAGCGCAUGCAGCUUGGCUAUGGCAUCACGAUGAUGUACAAAGAGGUUAUUCCGAAUUUGAGACACGGGAACGAUGGUUUGAUCUUCACAAGCAUCAAUGCACCAUACACUUCAGGUACCGACGAGUCACUACUCAAGUGGAAGCCUGCCGAGGAGAACUCGGUAGACUUCCUUCUCGUUGUACACUUUGUCUCACUGCCCAACGGCGAGCCGGACUUCAAUGCCAUCCCAGGCUUCGAGCUCUUGGCCUAUCACGGGGAUCGGGACGGUCAAGAAGAUUACCGACCAUUUGCUCCGCUUCACGUUGAUAGCUCCGACUGGGAGAUGGUGAAGGCUGAAGGUGAGAGACACAGAGGCUUGCAUGACAAAAUUGUGGAGUGCCACCUGGACAGUGAGCAACGCUGGCGUUUUAUGCGCAUAAGGGAUGACAAGACGCAUGGCAAUCACAUCUCUAUCAUCAAGAAGGUUCUCGAAAGCAUUCGAGAUGGUGUCACAAGGGAACAGCUGGAGCAGAACGCUUUUCAUGCUAAAAAGGCUUACAAGGAGCGCCACCAAAAGACGGACGUCCCCGUUAACUCGUGAGUCAACCC